CGUGCGAGCCACAGGGCCGGGCACCGACGCCCUCGCGGAGAGGAGAUGCUUCUCCGCGAUCCAUGCUGAGGCGACCUGUGAUUGGCUUUGAAAUACGAAAGGCGACCAAGAAGGGUCCAGCGGUGGGGUAUGGAUGUAAGUACCUGAUAGGCGCAUUAUUUAUAGUGCGAAGUGAGAUUCACCCCCCGUUCAAAUACGCUUUUCAUCCCGUUUCUGCACCGUUUACUAGCGAGAACACGGUGAGUUGGGCGUCAGUCGGCACGACAGUGUCCGUACCCUUGAACAUCCCCACAUCACAUACAUCAUUGUUUGAGAUGUUGCCAUAUAGAUCUGCGGCUUCAGCUUGCGAGUACUGUCGCCUACACAGGAGGCGAUGUGACCGAGCCAAACCAAAGUGUUCAUUAUGCGUCUCGCAGGGCUCGGAGUGUGUAUAUGAGCAGUCUCCUGAUCCCCAACCAUCCCAGUUGGUGCAAGAACUCAUGAACGUCCGAGAAAGACUGGAGCGGAUCGCUCCACUGGUAGAGCCGCCAUCGCGUCAAGCCAACUUAUACUGCCCGGCCCUGGUGAUCAAAUCCACUCACCUCAUGCAGUUCCUCGGGUUACCGUCAAAUCUAACGAAUCUACUGUAUAUUUUGGAGCGUCCCUCUGCAGUAUUAUCAGAGCAGUUCGUCGAGCAUAUGGCUGUUGAUUCUGCUGAUCUGAUUCUCCACAGGUUCUAUGAUCAAAUACAUAGGUGGUUCCCUGUUCUCCAUUCGGAGUUUCCUAUCCACUUUCGCGAGUCAAAUGCUGCGGGUUUCCCUCCCUCUACGACAUCUUGCGUGUCACUUCUUGUCGCCGCACUGGCACAUAUAAGCUACGAUAACACCAGGUCAUCAUCAUUCAAGGCCGCUCUUUCGAUGUUGCCAAUAGUAAUUCAAGAAUACAGCGUGACAGGCAUUCAGUGCUUGGUCCUUUUCAGCCUGUACUCGGCGUGCCUGAUCCAGCCCCGACAAGCACAUGAUUAUAUACAAAGCGCGUCUCUAAAGAUGCAACCGUUUUUGAAAAACACUGUCUGUGGUCAAACCUCUCCUGAAUCUCAGCUUAUAAGGCGUUUGUAUUGGACUAUCCACAUGAUACAGAGUGAGCUUUCUAUGCAUCUGACUCUAUCAUCCUUAGGCGGAGGCAUGCGUGGCCACUUGGAUCCGACAACCCUACCUACCAAUACAGAUUUGUGGGACUGGUUCGACGCUUCGCACUCUCCCUCCAGAUUUGCGUCGCCCGACGCCUCACAGGCAGAAGAAGCUUACUCGCCAACGGAAGCAAAUUUCCACUUUCCUACGGAGAUACAAAUGCAAACGCUGUUGAACAAGUCCACCAGCUGCACAAGAGAUGGGCCAAGCAUUGGCGGGGAAAUUCCAGACCCUGGCCACUCUUUAGGGCCCGCACUGGGCAUGAUCUGGUCGAGUAUUGUGCCGGAAUCGCACCCGACCGAACAACAGAUAGACGGUGCCAUAUGCCGAGCCAAGUUUCACUUGUAUGAAGUAUCAACCUACUGGCCGGCGAUAUAUCGCAUCAUAAUGACCGGUUCUGCGGACCCCGAGCUGCUACCCCACGGGCCACUGUUCUUCCAGUCCCUGACAAGUUUCCUCGGUUCAGCGAACCUCGCUCUGCAAGUAUGUUUGCCGAAGGCUUGGUUUCUCUGUGCGAAUAUAUACAUCGUAUGCAUUGCUGCAAUUGAGGCAUCGGAAGUGCAUUAUCUUCGGUUGCUCUGCCAGCCACAGCUCUGGCAACAGAUAAACGGGUCAGUUGAUGCUAUGAACCGGCCGAGUAUGCUGAGUCCGUCCGUGCAGUAUAUGCGCGAGUCACUGAAGGCCCGGCUGGAGGGGGUCAGAUUUAAUAGAGGUCUUGAGAAUCCUACGUGAUGGCAUGAGUUUUCCUGUAUUCAAUUUGUCCUCGAAUUCGGUGCUAAUCCGUCUAUGGAAAAUAACUGG